AUGUCCCGCGUCGCCAGCGUGGUGUGCGCUGUUUCCCUGGCGCUCUACGGCGCCAGCUGCUUCAUCCUGCCGGCCAGCACGCCACGUGGCGCGCCGCAGCAGGGUGCCGGCGCGGUUGUGCAGCAGCCAAGUGCUGCCGCCACUCAGGAGUCCGAGUCCGCUGGAUCUUGGAGCCCUCUCGCCAUCGGCGCUGCCCUGGGACUGCUGGCCGCAGUGGCCACCACCCGGCCUGCCCUGGCGGCGGACCUGGAGAACGGCGAGGCCGUGUUUCAGGGCAACUGCACGGCCUGCCAUGCUGGUGGCAACAACAGCAUCGUGGCUGAGAAGAAGCUGAAGAAGGAUGCUCUGGUCACCUACGGCAAGUACGAUGUGAGCGCCAUCAUCACCCAGGUCACCAACGGCAACGGCUCCAUGCCUGCCUUCGGUGACAAGCUGGGCCCUGAUGACAUCGAGGAUGUGGCGAACUACGUGUACAACAAGGCGGACAAGUGGUAA